UGUCAUUUUGUUUGGAAAAUUGCACCUACUAUUAUAGACCUCCAGUUGCCCCUCCAAUUAGAUCCAAUUCCAUUUCCGUUCACCUCUGCAAAACCCGAACACCGCCCUCUCAUGGAUGCUCCUGCAGCCAUGGUCAUCAACACAACAACCACACCUUUCCCUGCCACUCCCUCGUUCUUCUCAAAGUCCAGACCCGUUUUCACCCUCCUCCAAGCCCACAAACGCAACAUACCCUUCUCCAAACCAAUCAAAUGCACCCACCAAAACCCCUCCAAACCCAACUCUCUCUCAUGCUCCGCCUUAAUUUCCUUCUCCCCCUCGGAAACUGCCCAGCUCCUCCCUUCCAAGCUCCGCCACCUCUCCCGCGAGUUCCAAUCCCUGGCGGAGCCCGUUGAGCGAGUAAAGCGGCUGCUGCACUACGCUGGGCUCAUGCCGCAGAUGGAUGAUUCGGAGCGGGUGGAUCGUAACCGGGUGAUGGGCUGCACGGCCCGGGUCUGGGUGGAGGUGAGAUUGGACGAUGAAGGGAAGGUGAGGAUGGCGGCGGACAGCGACUCUGAGGUCACGCGGGGGUACUGCGCGUGUCUGGUUUGGGCCAUGAAUGGGUCGGAGCCGGAGGAGAUACUGAAGGUGAAGACGGAGGAUUUGCUGGGCCUGAACGUCGGCCUGGGGAGUUCAGGGACCGGAAGGUCAAGGGUGAACACGUGGCACAACGUGCUUGUGAGCAUGCAGAAGAGGACGAAGCAGUUGGUUGCUGAGAAAGAAGGAAAGGAAUCCUUUGAGCCUUUUCCUUCUUUAGUUGUUUCCGCAGAUGGACUCUUUCCGAAAGGGACCUACGCCCAGGCUCAGGCCAAAUACCUGUUCCCGAAUGAGUCACAAGUCAAUGAACUAGUUAAAGUGCUAAAGGAGAAGAAAAUUGGCGUGGUUGCACAUUUUUACAUGGAUCCUGAAGUGCAGGGCAUCCUAACUGCUGCUCAGAAGCAGUGGCCACAUAUCUAUAUAUCUGAUUCUCUGGUAAUGGCAGAUACAGCGGUCAAAAUGGCAAAAGCCGGAUGCCAAUUCAUAACAGUAUUAGGUGUGGAUUUUAUGUCCGAAAAUGUUCGAGCCAUCCUUGAUCAAGCUGGUUAUAAUGAGGUUGGUGUCUAUAGGAUGUCAAAUGAGCGUAUCGGCUGCUCUCUGGCUGAUGCUGCAGCUACUCCUAUAUAUAUGGAGUAUCUUCAGGCAGCUUCUAACUCUGCUCCUUCUUUGCAUGUUAUAUACAUUAACACCAAGUUAGAGACAAAGGCAUAUGCGCAUGAGCUUGUACCAACAAUAACCUGUACUUCAUCAAAUGUUGUCCAAACUAUUCUACAGGCAUUUGCUCAAGUGCCGGAUUUGAGUGUAUGGUAUGGGCCUGAUUCAUACAUGGGUGCAAAUAUCAAAGAAUUGUUCCUGCAGAUGACACACAUGACUGAUGAAGAGAUUGCAGCAAUACAUCCUGAGCAUAGUCUUGACUCUAUUAGAUCAUUACUUCCACGACUUCACUAUUUUCAGGAUGGAACAUGCAUUGUUCACCAUUUAUUUGGCCAUGAGGUUGUAGAGAAGAUAAAGGAAAUGUAUUGUGAUGCAUUCCUUACUGCUCAUCUUGAGGUACCUGGAGAGAUGUUUUCAUUGGCAAUGGAAGCGAAACGAAGGGGAAUGGGUGUAGUAGGCUCCACCCAGAACAUAUUAGAUUUCAUAAAAGACAGGGUUCAAGAAUCAUUGGAUAGAAACAUCGAUGAUCAUCUUCAAUUUGUUCUUGGGACAGAAUCAGGGAUGAUAACUUCAAUUGUUGCUGCCGUCCGUAGUUUGUUGGAUCCUACAAAGUCCUCUUCACAGGGAUCAAAAGUUACCGUUGAAAUUGUCUUUCCAGUUUCAUCGGACUCAAUCUCAAGCACAUCAUCAAAUUUGCCUUCAAGUCCUCAUUCUGUUCAAUUGGGUGAUAUCACACUUCCUGUUGUACCAGGAGUGGCUAGUGGAGAGGGUUGUUCCAUUCAUGGUGGCUGUGCAUCUUGUCCAUACAUGAAGAUGAAUUCUCUUGACUCGCUUCUGAAAGUUUGCCAUCACCUACCGGACAAAGAAAAUAAACUCGCUGAGUACAAUGCAGAGCGAUUUAAGUUGCAGACUCCGAACGGCAAAUCAGUGGCAGAUGUCGGAUGUGAACCAAUCUUGCACAUGAGGAACUUCCAGGCUGCUAAAAAGCUUCCAGAGAAGUUAGUUGAUCAGAUUCUUCAUCUCCAAGAUAAUGGAAGGUCGAUGUGAACAAGUUUCUUAGGAGAAGGAUUUGAUGUGGAUACAGAAGCAUGUGCUGCUGCACUCAAACAAAUCAAAGUUGCAUUUAAACACAUAGAUCUGUGCAAGGCCUUUUAUUUUAUCAUGGUAAUCGUUAAUACAAGCUUACAACCAGAUUUUGUUGUAUGGUGCUCUUUACUCAAUUUUUUAGAAUACUAUAAUAUAGUUUGGGAUAAGAUAUAAUGAAAUAUCAUUUUUGGCUUAUACCCCAUUCUUAAUAAUGUAAUAAUGUACAGUACCUGGCCCACAGUAAUUUUUUCGGGGAGGGGAUUCUAAUUCUGUUGCAGGAAGAUUAUAUAGAAUUAUAGAUCAAGUUUAACUUGAUACAUUUAUGACAUGAGGAUUCAACAUA